AUGAACAUAUGAACAUAUGAACAUAUGAACGUAUGACCGAGCGAAUUAUUGACCAAAUGAACUGCUGACCAAAUGAACUGCUGACCAAACGAUUGCCGACCGAAUGAACGGAUAAAGCGCCGGCCACUGCGCAAGCGUGGAACGUGCUAGUGGCGAGUCAUAUUGGGGGAGCGCCUCCAACUCAGCACAGCUUCGCCGCGCCCUCCUUUCGCUUCUCCCCCCCGCUGCGCCGGCAUGAACGAAGUGGGCUACGCGUCCCAUCCGCCGCCCGAGCCCGACUUCUGGAUUUACUUCGCCAGCUACCUGCGAAACGCCUGGGUGCAGUGGGCCAUCGUCUUCGUCCCGUUCAUUAUGUUCGCCCUGUACCUCAAGCUGACCAUGCCGACCGCGCCAAGCGGUGAAAAAGAGCGCCCCGAGGAGGAAGCCCAUUUUGGCGAAGCCAGAGGAGACAUAGGCCGGAAGAGUCUAUAGAGGAUGCCACUUUGUGCAACUUCUGAAGGGUCUCUGCCCCCAGCUAAGUGGACGAGUCAACUCGCUACCCAGGUGAAUGCCUAUCAAAUGAAAGCUUUUUUUUUAAUUAAAGCUGUGGGGUAUAACUCCACAUGAGUUCCUUCAGUGGUGUGCCGCGCGCAUGCACAUUGGGGAGCGGUCCCUGAAACGCCCCCCGUCGGUUUGAGGGAUUACUUCGGUGUAUGCUAUGCACGCAUGGAGAGAAAAAAAAAAAAGACCAACAUGGGGUGGUAAAGAGGUAAAGAGGUAAAGCGGCGUUUUUUCUUCUUUUUUUUUUCCCCCCAAGUAACCGCUUGCACGUGAUAACUGCAUGCACAGCCGUCCAAAUGGAGAGUCACCACGUGGUUG